AUGACGUCGGACGAAGAUCGCAUGAACUUGGGGACACGCCGAGCUUUAGUGCUAGCCACUUUGUCUGACAGCACCGAUUUCAUGGAACCGAUUGCACCCACUGGCGCGUUCUGCUCUACAGGUAAUUGCACCUUUGAUCGGUAUCAGUCUCUGGGCAUUUGCGUGAAGACGGCGAACAUCACCGAAUACUUGAAAGUGGAGGAGUUCGAUUCCCCAGACAUGAUCGACACCCUUGUCUUGGGUUUCCCAAAGCCUGAUGCAAAGGUGUGGCGAGCAUCUCUCCCUAACGGCUUGGAAAUGGCUCAUCAGACACCAUUAGCGGCCAUGACUGAUAUGCUCAACGGGAGUGAGACCUUUGGUUUCCAAGACGACGAAGAUCUCAAGCAAACUAGGAUAUCGUCUUUCACCGUCAUCUACACCAACCCAACAGAGCUGAACGAGACAUGGUACAACGGGCUCUCUGAAGUCGCCGGAGCGCCGUUUGCGUCAGACCUCAUCGGCGCAAUCUACGAUUUUCGACAUGAAGCAAUGGAGGUCAUGUAUUAUCUAUGCGUGCAAACGUACGAGACAAAGAUUUCUAUGGGUAUCGAAAGAACUACUCUUGUCGAGACGUCUGCUGUACCUGUUGAACAAGAGAAACCCUUCUUCCUGGACAUGCAGUGCCGGGCACUCCUUGCAGAAGCCUCGCGUACGUGCAACCAGAGCAUCGACCGUUGGCACGAAACAUUGCAUCUCAAGGAUCCGAGGUUUCUGACAAAGCUUGACAUUGACCCGACACUCGAGGAAGAACAUUACAGUGCAAGCUACUUCUCUCUAGAGAAGAUAUCCACCAUUUUAAAGACUGACAUCAUGGGCUAUGCGAGUGCUAGCUACGUCACCGAAGAGUAUCAGGAUACAGCUGUUUUCUUCCGUGGACAAGAGUUUCUCAAGACUCUUUUUCAAAGUGUUAUAUUUGACCUGAAAAAUAUCGCCAACUCUACUCUACGACAAAUCGCCUUGAACAAUAUACACACAAAUGUUGCAACUAGUGUCUCAACAAUUGCUCUAAAAGCUUGGACUCCUCUGAACUUUACCAGCAUGCGAGUCAAUCAACCGCGGAGUUACGCCUUCAACUCUUUCAAUAUUUCUGGCGAAGCAUUGACGCAGGUCUCAUAUGUACACAUCACCUGGGGAUGGAUAUCCAUGCUUGCAGUCGAGAUUGUGAUUGCUCUACUAUUUCUCGCCCUUACAAUCGUCAGCCAAAUCAAAUUGAAUGAUGGCCAGGCAUCAAGCAGGGAAGAACGUAAUGCAUUCCGGGAAGCCAAGAACUCGUCUUUGGCCAUGCUUGUCGCCCUCGACGAAGAUUCUCGUGCUAGAGCAGGAGGUGGACUCCGGCCUUUGGAUGAACUCCAAAGCGCUUCGAAGGCUCUAAAGGUUCGAUUUGAGGGUCGCCAGAUGGUCAUGGCUGAUGAGACCAUUAUCGAAACCUCGCAAGUUGGUGAUCGUAUCAUUUAG